UAAAGCUCUUAAGUAAAUCAGUCUGUCGCCUUCCCCCUCUACGUUGUCGUCUCGCCGCAAUGACGAACUAUGGAGACCAACACUAUUCUUCUUCAUCCUAUCGAAAGAUUUUCGGGGAUUCCCCGCGUUUUUCGAACACAUCCACCUCCUCCUCCUCGCGCGGGAGAAGCGCUGGAAGUGUGUCUCGCGGCUCAGCUGACACCAGAUCCCUGAGAUCUCUGCAGGGGUCGUCGUCUCGCAACACCGCGUCCGCGUCAUCCUUCGGUUACUAUAGGAGGACCCCGGGUGCCGGGGACUUUGUGGAUUCAACCCAGGUCUCCGCGGUCAACAGCGAGUUCAAACUGGUUCGGACCAGCGAGAAGGAGCAGCUGCAGGGGCUGAACGACCGUUUUGCCACUUUUAUCGACAAGGUCCGGCACCUGGAGCAGCAGAAUAGUGCCCUGGAGAGCGAGCUGGUCACGCUGCAACGCAAACAACAAGAACCGUCGCGCGUCGCUGAGCUUUACCAGGAGGAGCUGCGCAACCUGCGCGCCCAGGUGGAGGAGCUUAACGCCGAGAAGAACCAAGUGCUCAUCGAGCGGGAUAACUUGGAGGAAGAGCACCAAAAGCUCCUCGCCAAAUAUGAAGACGAGGUCAGGGCGCGAAAGGAGGUCGAGCAGACCCUCAAGUCGUAUCGGAAAGACGUCGACGACGCGACCCUCGCACGCCUGGACCUCGAGCGCAAAGUGGACUCGCUGUCGGAGGAGAUUUCCUUCCUGAGGAAGGUGCACGGCGAGGAGAUGCACGAGCUGAGCGCGAUGAUGCACGCCGCGGCGCAGGGGGCGUCCGUGGACGUGGCGAUGCCCAAGCCCGACCUCACGUUGGCUCUGAAGGAGAUACGGAACCAGUACGAGGCAGUGGCGUCAAAGAACCUCCAGUCCUCCGAGGAGUGGUACAAGUCCAAGUUCGCCAACCUGAACGAACAGGCGAUCCGGGGCACCGAGGCGAUGCGCGCCAGCAAGGAGGAGAUCAACGAGUUCCGGAGGCAGCUGCAGUCCAAGACCCUGGAGCUUGAGACGCUGCGAGGGGCCAACGAGUCUCUGGAGAGACAGAUGAGGGAGGCGGAGGACACACACAGUGCGGAGAUAGCCGCCAUGCAGGACACUAUUGGCCACUUGGACAGUGAACUGCGCAACAUGAAGAGUGAGACAGCGCAGCACAUGAGGGAAUACCAGGAGCUGCUCAACAUCAAGAUGGCACUGGACAUGGAGAUCGCUGCAUACAGAAAACUGCUGGAAGGGGAGGAGAGCCACUUCAGUUCGGGCGUCUCGUUUGGCGUGUCCAACCACAGUACCGUGGGCGGCGGCUACGGCUUCCCCCUGCCCCGCUCCUCUCUGAGCUCCACCGGGAGCAGUCGCAGAGAGAAACAAGCCUCCCCAGAGGGGAACACUGCUAAAGAGCCCGGGGAGAUGAAGAACGAUGAUGACGCAGACGUCAACUCCAACAGCUAAACAAACCCAAAGAGAAUACUUAGCGUGACUCGACUUUGGGUCUGAUCUAUUCUGUUCCGGUUGCAUCUUUAACAGUUAUACAAGAUAUUUUAAAAUGUUUGGCAGGAGUGUUCAGGUUUAUUUAACUAUGCUGUUUAUUAUCAAUAAGCUAGGCUCUACUCGUCUAGUAGAGCAUAUACAAGACGAGUAUAUGCUUGUCUAGUGGGAGAAUGGGCAGUGGGAGAAUUUGUCUACCUCCUUCUCAAUCGAGACAAUUACUAAAUCUACUUACUGAAAAUAAAGUACUUAUGCAACUUACUUAAUUAUGUACUUAUACAUAUUAAUCUGUUGAUACCGGAAUAUAGAAUAGUUCAUUUAUGGUUAUUCCUGUGUUUGUAAACAUGUUUAUGGAUAUCGCGAAUAGAAACAAGAAAAGCCUUGUCUUGUGACGAGGCCGCCUCAAAUCCCUGUUUAUAAAAUAUACCAGGAUUAAGGUGAAUGAUUAAUAAAUGUAAUGAUUAAGAGUUGAUCCUUUACGACUGUUAAAUGCCAUGAAUAAACACUGAAUUAAAAAGGA